AUGCUUUCAAAAACCUUGGUCGUGAUUUCGGUCCUAUCAACUGCGCUUGCAGCACCUACAACACUAUCCCCUCGCGGCGAUCACCCUGAUGAAGUCGUGGUUCUAGCCUCCUGCGACAACGGCAAGUCUGGAGUACAACUUGAGGUAAAGGACCGCCUUCAUUACUUCUCGGACGACUAUGCGCGUCGUAAGGGCGGGGCAUCUCAAGACACCGUUCUACAAAUCCACGAUCCUGCCACGCACGAUGGCUUCACCUACCACGUCUCCUGGGAUGCAGGCACCAUAGCCGAUCCAGUUUCCGCUACCUUCCCCGAUGAUGGCCGCAUAUUCAAGGUCUGGGGACUUCCUUCAACUGGGGAGUCUUCGAAGGCCGACGAACCUGUCGAGGGAACGGCUACACUUGGAGGCGCCUCGUUUAAGUGCUACAAGGGGGAUUCCUCCCAGACUUGGUCUACUGGUGAUGGCUUUACAUGCGCAGCCGCUUUCACUUGCACACGACUGGAACGCUGGAUCCGCAAGACAAAUGUUAACUUCGACGAUAAAACGGUCCUCGUCGGCGAACCGGAAUGCCAUGUCGAGAAAUCGACGGCGAUCAACGCAAAGGAUGCAUUUGGGAAGCUGAAAGACGCCGUUAGCAAGAGUUGGGAUACGGAAACUGGCUUCGACAUCGGUGCCGGCUGCAAAAUGUACUUUCCUGUGGUCACUGUGCCGCCAGCUUCAAACAACUACGAUGAUACUACCCCCCAGCAGAUUGUCGAUAUAUUUGUCGACCACAUUGGUGCGGAAGUCGAGAAGAAUAGGACCUCGAAAGGGAGGAAUUGUAACAGGCCUGGCUACAUGGGGCAAGAUACUACGUAUCAUAUUGAAGAGGAGCAGCUGGAGUACCCUCGAGGAGGCCAGUUUGAGAUUUUUGUCGCUCAACAGUCAAAUCCGCAGUGGGUUACCCAGACGAGGGUUGAUUUCAGGGUUGCUUGUGCGUGCCACGAUAACCACGUAUUCUUGAGUGCUCUCGCAAAUGGACUCGGUUUGUUUGGGGGUUGGAUUAGUCCUGCGUUUGGUACAGCCUCUGCUUCUAUCAACAUUAUGAGCUUGGCCUUGGGUCAGUGCUAG